AUGGAUAACUUCACCAAGUUCAAUACAGGAAGACCGUACUUCAACGUUAAUACAAUUUUAGAUUUCGCUCCAUUGACGGAGCCCCAAAAGGUCCAUCUUACAAAGGUUUACACAACACUAGCCUUGUCAGCACUCAUAACUUUUCUGUCUGUAGUGAUAAAUGGACCAUGGGCACUGCUCCACCCCUUAUUUGGAGUUCUCUCAGUCUUGGGGAGCUUAUUCUACAUUAUUUUCACUAAAACUAGCAGAAAUGAUUCUAAUUAUAAAAGGCUCGUUGCAUUAUUAUUUUUUUCUCUGGGACUAGGGAUUACAUAUAGAAACUAUGUAUUACAAGCUUUCGCCUUCAACCCAGAAAUCGUUACAACCGCGCUCAUGGGAUCUAUUGGGAUUUUCGGAUCAUUCUCAUUGGCAUCACUCUUCAUGAAAACUAGAACAGCAAUGUACUUGGGAGCAUUGAUCUUUUCGCUCUCCAACUAUAUCAUGAUGGUCAACUUCGCAAAUUACUUCUUCAGAUCAAAAUUCGUCAACAAUGUAACCCUCAUCCUAGGAUUGUUUUUGUUCGUAGGGUAUAUUGCAUUUGACACUCAAAUGGUACUAAAGGAAGUGAAGAAUGGAAACGAAGACUACAUCUACCACGCAAUGAUGCUUUACUACGACCUCUUUGCACUUUUCCUGGAACUACUUAUUUAUUUGAUGGAAAAAGAAAAAAGCAAAUCAAAAAAGGAUAAAAAUUGA